AUGGGUACUGCUGACCGUCCCGCCACUCCCCUGCCUGGAGCCCGUCCCUGGCUCCCCACACCUGGCCCAGCUCAGCGCCCAUCUGUAGGUCCCAGGGUGUGGCCCGGCAGCCCCCUCCCACCACUGCUGGCCCUCUGCCUGCCUUGGGAAGACCAAGACGAGCGGGAAGGAGGGGGUCAGCUCCCUGGCCUCUGCCCCAGCUCCCAAGCCUUGCUCCAGAGGCUUCUGCUCUCCCCCAAGAAGAGGAAGGUGGCAUCGGGCUCCUUCAGCGAGGCCUCGGCCUCCCACCGCUCAGAGUUUGGUGCCACCCAGGACCCAGGCUUCCCCACCCUGGCCUGGGCACCAUUGCCGGCCCCCAGUCCAUGCCCUCACCCGGCUCCCAUUAUCAGUGCGUCACCUCUGGCUCCCCCCAGCACUCGCGGCCAGUGCCACAGGUUCCCUCCCAGCCCAGCACCCACUGCCAUCUGGGCCCCUCGAGCCCUGUCUGUGUUGCCCCCCACCCCAAGUGUGACCCCAGGCCCAGUCAGGGUCCCACCCGGUGCGAGCCCCACUGCAAGCCCCCUGCGAGCCGGCAGGGGGGCACGAUGCUCCCAGGGCCAGGCAGGGGCAGAUGGCACCAGUCAGGAGAGCCGCCCGAGCAGCCCUGGCCCCGCCUUGGCUGCCCUCUCACCCGCUGGGGACGGGAGCCAGAGGAGCCGGGCCAGGAUUUUGCAAGGCCUCAUGCGAGGCUUCCCGGGGCUGGCGGGGGCUGGGGGUGCCCAGCCCCUCGGAGCCCACGGCGGAUGGUCAGCCCACGGGAACUCGGGCCGCAGCAGCCACCUGUCUGGGCCUCUGUCCCCGAAGGCUGACAUUGGCCGCCUCCCUGCCUGGGACCUGAGCCUGUCCCAACCCCUCAGCCAUGGCGCAGCCCCCAUGCUAGCCCGGGCCACUUGGCCCGACCCCCCACCCGCUGCCACAGCAGAGCGUCCACCCCACAGGCCACACUGCUGCCAGACCUGCCAGGGGGUGGACUGGGUGGGUGUCAACAUGGUUUCCUGGACACGUCCUGGCAGCAGCGGCCACGACCCCUGCCCGCAUUACAGGCCAGGUGUCAAGGGGGCCAAGUCAGUGCCCCAGGAGGAGCACAGCCGGCCGAGCUGCGGGCCCAGGGCAGGCCAGGCCCACAGGGACCUCCACCCCCCGAGGCCUCUGGCCUGUGAUCCAGGGCGGUGGGCACAGAGAAGUCACACGGGCAACCGCGGCCCUGCCAGCCCGGAGCCCACUCUGCCCACACCCCAGACCCCACCUGCCUGGGCCAAGGCCCAGCUCUGCCACAGAUCCACCCCAGCCGUGGGCACCCCCAAACCCCCCGAGACUCGGCACCCUGUCGUGGGGUGUGUGGGGCGACAAGACUCUCCCCAGGGCCAUGCCUGUGACGUGCCCCUCGGAGCCCUGCACCCCAUCCAGCCUGAGCACAGGCAGGGGACCUCCCACGGGGGCCAGGGGUACAGGGGGUUGUCCCUGCUUGGCCAGGGCUCCCCGCAGGCGGAUGAGCUUUCCCUGAGGACUUCGCUCUGGUUUGCACAUGGCUCAUGGCGUCCGAGCCUCCCGGGUCCCACAGGGGAGGGUGUCGGAGACAUGCAGCAGGCACGAGGGAGUGGGCGCUUAUCUAACAUCAGUCACAGUGCAGAGGAUGUGCCACGGCCAGGCCAGCAAGGCAGCACCACACGGCUCCCGGAGCACAAGCCCAGGCGCCCCGUGCCCGAUCCCCUCCUGUGA